UUGUAAAAUAAUAAUCAAUAAAAACGGCUAAUUUAAAAGUACUCAUCUUAUUUUUAAUUAAAGAAUUAAGUAAAUACAAUUUUUCCAAAUGGUUAUCUUGCUACACCUUAAAGCUUCUUUAAUUAUUUAUUAUCCCAUAAGAAUAACACAGAUUAUAUAGAAUUGUUAACAAUAUUACGGUGAAAGAUAAUGAGAAAAGAUGAACACAGAUUGCUGCAGGAAUUAUCAAUAGAUAUAUUUCAAUGGUGUUGUAUAUAAUCUAUUACUAACUAUAGUUAUAAACUAUAGUCGAUAGAAACGGGAAAAAAAGAUCUAUACAUUUGCCCUUCUUUUGCUAAUAUAAUAUUCACGUAUUAUAAAUUUUUUGUUUGCAAUUGUUUUGUGUGACAUUUGCUACUGAAAUAAAGGAAACUUAAAACAGGAGUGCAGAAUAUUUAAUAUACUUUAUUACAGUUUCUUUGUCUCUUUCAAAAAUUAUUAUUGAAAGCAUGCGCGAGAAACGUUUUUUACUAAAUACGAGGUAACAUCGAUUCGUGUAAUAGAAACAAUUGUCAGUGUCUAGACAGCAUUGAACAUGGAAAGUUCAAAAUAUGAUGGAUACCAAGGUGUUUAUAAUUUAAAUCAUGUAAUUGUAAAUAAAAACGACUUUAAAGAAGUAUUUUAUUUGCCUCUUUAGUGGUAUCAUUUUCAAAGAACAAUAAUUAACUAUUUUCAUAGUUUUAAACGUCAUUUUACCUUAUUUUACUUCAAAUAUUGACAUGUUAUGCAAGUUCUGACAACAUAUUUAACAGCAAAAUCUUUGUAAAAAAAAAAAACUUAGUAUUUACUAUGGUAUAUUAUAGCCCUUCAGAGAAAAAAAUGUUCUUUUUUAAAUUAUGUUAAAAAUAAUGAUUAAAAGUUAUAUUAUGUAAUAUUUGUAUUUGUGUGUUUAAAAUUGUGUAUUAUAAGUCCUUUUCACUAUAAAACUAUACGAAACCUUUUAACUAAUCAAGAUUUCUGUAGGAAGAUUUCAAAUGGGCGGUGAAAUUAAACCGUUUUACCUUAAAUUUAAUUGGAAUUUGGCCUAAGGUGGCACAGCAUCCUUGGCAAAAGUUAAUGUGCAAUUUUCGAGUGCUGGUAACCUUGACGGUAUUAAGCAGCAUUCUUAUUCCCUCUAUACAUUCUUUGAUAAGAAUUUUCGGAGACGGAUUACUAGUAUUAGAUAAUUUACAUUUUACUUUACCAGGCAUAAGCUGUUGGAUUAGAAUCAUGAUUCUUUGGUGGAAAAAAGAAGCUAUUACGCCGGUUACAAAUAUGAUCGCACAGGAUUGGAUAAAGUUGAAAACUAAUCAAGAAAGAAACUUGAUGAUCCGAAGAGCGCAGAGUGCACGAAUAAUUAUUAUUUGUUCGUAUUGUGUAAUGGGAAUAGCGUUCUUCUUUGUCGGAGUAUUGCCUGUUUUUGGAGUUACAAUGAGACUAACGCCAAAUAUUACUGAUCCAGGAAAACCAAUGCCUUUACAGUCUCAUUAUAUUUAUGAUAUAACAAAAAGACCGCAAUAUGAACUGACGUUUAUUGUUCAAGUCAUCUAUAUAGGUAUUUGUAUGAUGGCCUUCACUAGUAUUGAUAAUUUUCUCAGUCUCUUAGUUUUUCAUAUAUGCGGUCAAUUAGAUAUUCUAAAGAAUCGUUUGCAACAUUUGGAUAAAUGUUUAAAUUAUCACAAAAUGCUAAAGUGUUGCGUAGCAGAACAAGUUCGUUUAUUUAGAGCUAUUAAUAUUAUUGAAGAUACAUAUAAUAUAAUACUUCUGUGCUUAUUUAUAUAUUUUGCAACACACUUCGCUUUUUGUGGAUUUCGUAUGAUUAGUCUAUUCGAUAAAGAAAAUCAAAUGUCACUCCCACAUUUAAUGUAUUUCUUUGCCAUCGUUUUCAACAUAUUUGGACACAUGUGUUUAUAUUGCUUUCUUGGUGAAAUUUUGAUGGACCAGUGCAAUCAGAUAUAUUAUGCAGCAUAUAAUAAUGAAUGGUAUACCUUAAAUCCAAAAUUUAUAGAAGAUUUAUUGAUUUUAAUGACAAGAGGUUCUAAACCAAUUUAUCUUACUGCUGGAAAAGUAUAUCCUCUUACAAUAGUUACAUUGUGCAGUUUAAUAAAAACAUCCGUUGGUUAUAUAUCCGUUUUGCAUACAAUGAGAAGUUACUAAAAAAAAGUAGAAAAA